UGCACCACUCGUGUGCGUUCACAGGCACGUUCGGUCGGAAUUGGCGGGUUGCUGCUGGAGCGUUCGUCUAGCGUUACCUUUUGUCUGGCCAUCUGAAGAACCUCGGUUAAACAAUUGCAAACUCAUUCUCCAAUCGACAGAUUUCAACUGUUUGUCGACGCUAAAAGCCUGUGUCCCUGCACUGAACCACCUAAUUCGGUGAUAUUUCGUCUUUAAUUCAGAAAUUCACAGCACGGUUGACGUUGACAAGGAACCGGAAGGUUCCGCAGAGUCUCCGCCCCUUCGACGAGCAUGAGCGAACCAACAGACACAGCUGCCAGUGAUGCUCCCAGCGUCACCGCAGACAGCAAGCUGGCGGCCACAGCUGGGAAGAAGCAGACCAAGAAGAAGGUGGAGGAGGUGGUAGAAGAGGAAGAGGAAGAAUAUGUGGUGGAGAAGGUUCUGGACAGACGGGUGGUGAAGGGCAGAGUGGAGUUCCUUCUCAAGUGGAAGGGCUUCUCAGAUGAAGACAACACAUGGGAGCCAGAGGACAACCUGGACUGUCCUGAUCUCAUUGCAGAGUACAUGCAAAAACACAAACCAAAUGACAAGAAAGAGCCUAGUGGAAAGAGGAAAGGAGAAUCUGACACAGAUGGUGGAGAAGACAGCCGGCCCAAAAAGAGGAAAGAUGAGCAAGACAAGCCGAGGGGCUUUGCACGGGGGUUAGAACCAGAACGUAUCAUUGGAGCCACAGAUUCCAGCGGCGAGCUCAUGUUUCUAAUGAAAUGGAAAAACUCUGACGAGGCAGAUCUCGUUCCAGCGAAAGAGGCCAAUGUGAAGUGCCCACAGGUGGUCAUCUCAUUCUAUGAAGAGCGACUAACAUGGCACUCCUACCCUUCUGAGGAAGAAGAGAAGAAGGAUGACAAGAACUAGGCCUGUGAGGGAGAACGAGAGAGGUGGCAGGUCGGGGCCGUGUUAGACUAGUUUGGGCGGGGUGGGGGGUAUUCGGGAUAUGGGCAGUUCAAAGAUGGGGAAACAAACACCUACAAGCUCUUUUACUCUCAAUGCCAUAAAACUUGGACUCAAGAUAUAUUCAGAGCAAGAUAUGCAGACGUGGAGUCAUCUUUAGUGGGCAGAAGUGAAUGUUAGUCAGAAUACUGACCACCGUAAGAAACAUGGGAUUACUGUAUUUCCUCUGUGCUUCUCUUUCUGUUGGAUUAUGGGAAAUGAGGUGUAUAUAUGCUGCAGUAGUUGCUCAGUAGUUAUUCCCGGCUGAUAAAAAGGUGGUUAACGUCUGAUGAGGUAUGAUAUGCUAAAUGCGGUGGAUCCUAUGUGCACAUCCUCAUACCUUCUAUAUUUUUCUGCUAAGAGAUUUGAAGGACAUUUUAGUCUAAAUCCGAACGUUUCACUGUGUGAUUCACCAUCCUAAGUUAAAACACAGUAAGUACACAACAAUUAAAACUGAGAAGAAAAACAAACAAAUUCACAGUUUGAGUGCAUUGAUUUAUCUGAUAUGUGUGCACACUGUUUUCUUUGAAUCUGAGCAUAGUUUGUUCAAAACGGUUUUGUGUGUGUAGUUACUGUGUUUUGUCUUUAUAAGGCGGCAUGGCCUAAUUCCUUAAGCUGCCUUUUUCUUUUCCUCGUUUGUUUAGACUUCAUCUUCAAGUCAUUUUUUGUAUAAAUGCAUUUGUCAAAACUGAUGUCACCUUUAUUAGUGAGCAAAUUGCUGUGUAUUGCAGUCUUGCUGUUUUAGCAGUAUUUCUCAGUUUGUAUUCACAAUGUAUACAGUAUUGUCAUCUUUUUCUGUUCAUCAUUUGAGGAUAUGUUGCGUAUAGAUAUAUUCACAAGGAGUUUUGUUUUGUUUGUUUUUUGAUAACUAUUUCUAGUCAGCUUAGUAAACUGCAUUUCCCAUAAUCUCAUAUAAACUUUAUUUUUAUUUUUAAUUAUUAGCUGUCAGUGUGUUUAAUCGGUUGCAUUACUGUGUGAAGAGGAAAUGUGCUCUUUGGAGUCCAGCUUUUCAGACUGAUCUUUCAAGUUUUAUAGGCUGAUCAAGGUAUGCCAGACCUGGCUCGUAAAUACUUUAGAAAACAUCGAUGAAAAGUCUGACACUUUGCUGUUUUACCCUCUUUUUUGGCGGUGCUCAAGGAGUAGAAUGUACUACACAGCUUCAAGGCAUCUUUUUAUCAUAGACCUAUGUAAAUGUGUAGUGAAGGUGACAAAACUUGCUAACAUUAUCAUGCUACAGAUCAGGUCUUUUAGUAUCACCUUUGCACCAGCAUAAACAUGUUAGUAUUGACAAUAUGCUAGAGUUUUAAAAUGUUAUCAAUAUCUACAAAAAGUUUUUAAAAUAGUGCUUGGAUCACUGGAAACUGUUUUUUGCAAAAUAUGGUAUUGAUAGUGGCAUAAACUUCUGUGUACCGGAGAAGUCUGAAGUACUUUUAGUUGUACACAAUAAGUAAUGUGACUGCAUUAUAUUCCUUUCUGAUUGUCUUUGUUUUCUCUUUUUAAGUGUACUGUUAAAAGCAUGUUACUUUCUCAUUUUCACAUUUUCAAGGGGAAAUGUUUAUUUGUUCAUUAAAAUAAACCUUUUUUAUUAA